CAAGAGUUAGUGAUGUUUCAAAUAUUUACAUGCAACUUUCGUUUCAGGUAGAAGACAUUGCCCGCAGUUUGAUACAGGCCUUCAAUGAAACGCUUCAAAACAACAGCUGGAUCGGCAAUACGACGCGAGAAGCCCUCGAAAAAGUGUUGAAAGUGCCAUUGGAAAUAGGAUACCCGGACGCGCUACUGAACAUGUCAGUACUUGAAGCUUUCUACAAAUACGUACCAUACUUUCCUUCGAAUAUUUCAUUCACAGAAGCCUUCUACUACUUUCAAGAAAACUUAUACAAAAUGAAAUUGCGUAAGUUCCGGCAUCCAGAAGAGAGCAAUUGGCGUUCGGUCCACAGUCCAAGAGAAAGGCGUAGCACGUUUCACGAGAAGUAUGGGAUCGAUAUCGAAAUUCCCUACCCAAUCUUCGUAUCUCCAUUUUUUCAGCGAGGACUUCCACGCUCAUUGAAUUAUGGUGGCAUCGGCGGUACAAUUGCUCGCGAGCUGGGUUCUACCUUCAGCAUCGAUGGUAUGAGCCGUAUACAGCAAGAGUAUAAAACACUUGUGUCAAACCAAUUCCCGCGAACGUUUAGAAACAACGCUUCAUGCUUGGAACAAAAAUACAAAGCGGCCAACAAUGAAACGCUUCGGGAACAUCAUCUUGACCGUCAAGUACCCCAAAUUUGGCCAGGAGCGGAUCAAGCCCUUGCUGACAACACUGGCCUUCAGAUCGCUUUCAAAGCAUACUGCAGAGUACUUGAAGACGUAGAGAGACGCCUAACAGGUCUGGAAAACAUCACAGGAAUGCAGCUGUUCUUCAUUUCUAAUGCUAGGACUCAGUGCAGGAUCACUCACACGGAUACGCUCUACGACGAUAUAGCAGUACGGUGGCCUUACACCCCUGCGCGAAACAGGGUCAACGAGGCCAUGAAAAAUUUGGAAGGGUUUGCUAAGGCGUUCAACUGUUCACUUGGCUCCCCAAUGCGUCCAAACAAAACCUGCCCUUUUUGGUGAAAGAGAUUCGGACGACGAGAGCAUGAAGAAACUGUUUUGAAAAGUUAAAUAAAUAAAUACUAUCAAUACGCAAGG